UGAUGAGUCACGUGAUGCGUGUAACUGACGCUAAGCCCGGCCCGGGUUUUUCCUUAUGGCCGAGGCUGCUUUUGCGGUUAUCUUGCAGCGGCGGCUCGCCGAGUUAACGGAGAGGCUGAACCGUUGGCGAGAAGGCGGAGAGUUUGGCGAUGCUUUCUUAAUUCAGGCCUCUGCUACCCUGGAAAAUCUAGCAGAACUUUCGGAAGAAUCCAGGGACAACUACACAUAUUCUAGACUUAUACAACUUUAUACACAGGCACUAUUAGAUAUCACGUAUUUUGAAGAAAACCAACUUGUUGAUGAAGAGUUUCCAGAAGAAUCAUCUCUGCAGAAAGUUGAGGAACUAAUUGGUGCACUUUCUGAGCCAGAGAACCUGGUCAAUGAAAGUGGCAUUUCCCAAGAAGCACUUGAAGUGCUUGGAGUUGAGUUGCUGGAAUGCCUUUAUUGGAGAAGAGGAGCUUUGAUCUACAUGUUUUGCCACACAGUUAAAGGAAGAAAGGAAUGGCUGAGGAAGGAGACUGACUUACUUAAAAAGUUUCUUAAGGAAGGAAUCCAUUACUUGAUAAAGAUGCUAGAUUUUAGAAGUUCUGAUAACCCAAAUGAAGAAUUUGUAGUUCAAGAUACAGGCACAGCUAUAUUGGUCAAUGAAGGUAUUUUUAGUGAUACCCAUCUGUUGGCAAUGAUGUACUGUGGAGAAAUGUGUUACUGGGGGCUGAAAUACUGUGGAGAUCAGGGCACAGAAUCAGAACUGCAUAGAGAAUUGCCGGGCAGUUCAGAAAACAUCAUCACGGACUUUCAGGAAAUUGGAGAGAAAAUGUUAACAAAAUACAUUGCAGUGUGUGAAGGACCUUUAAGAUCACAUGGUUGGGAUACAAAGAAUGCAAAGCGCAUAUUGGAUUAUUUUAAACAAUUGUCAUCCUAACUGACAUAAUCAGAUGGUUUAUGUACUGAAAACAAGUAUUAAAGUGAAGAAAAU